GCUACGAGCAAGGAACACCGGCGUGGGACCGGAACCGGAAGAACAGGAGGCCUGAGCGGGCCCCGGCGGGACCAUGAACGCAGCGCAGGGCACGGUGGGCAGCGACCCGGUCAUCCUGGCCACGGCCGGCUACGACCACACGGUGCGGUUCUGGCAGGCGCACAGCGGUAUCUGCACCCGCACCGUGCAGCACCAGGAUUCCCAGGUGAACGCUCUGGAGAUCACGCCGGACCGCAGCAUGAUUGCUGCUGCAGGCUACCAGCACAUCCGCAUGUACGACCUCAACUCCAACAACCCCAACCCUGUCAUCAACUAUGACGGCGUGAGCAAGAACAUCACCUCUGUGGGCUUCCAUGAGGACGGACGCUGGAUGUACACGGGCGGGGAGGACUGCAUGGCCAGGAUCUGGGACUUGAGGUCUCGUAACCUCCAGUGUCAGCGGAUUUUCCAGGUGAAUGCUCCUAUUAACUGUGUCUGCCUCCACCCCAACCAGGCAGAGCUCAUUGUGGGUGAUCAGAGUGGAGCCAUUCACAUCUGGGACCUCAAGACUGACCACAAUGAGCAGCUGAUCCCGGAGCCCGAGGUGUCAGUGAACUCGGUCCACAUCGACCCCGAUGCCAGCUACAUGGCAGCUGUCAACAGCUCGGGAAAUUGCUACGUAUGGAACCUGACGGGUGGCAUUGGAGAGGAGGUGACCCAGCUGAUCCCCAAGACCAAGAUCCCAGCGCACAACCGCUACGCCCUGCAGUGCAAGUUCAGCCCUGACUCCACGCUCUUGGCUACGUGUUCUGCAGAUCAGACCUGCAAGAUCUGGAGGACUUCAAACUUCUCUCUCAUGACAGAGCUGAGCAUUAAGAGCAAUAACCCAGGGGAAACAUCUCGGGGCUGGAUGUGGGACUGCGCCUUCUCAGGGGACUCCCAAUACAUCGUCACAGCCUCCUCUGAUAACCUGGCCAGACUUUGGUGUGUGGAGACAGGAGAGAUCAAGAGGGAGUACAGCGGCCACCAGAAAGCAGUUGUGUGCCUCGCUUUCAACGACAGCGUGCUGGGAUAACGCGGGUGGGAAGGAGAGGACCUCUGCUUGCUGUCCCGUGUCUCACAGCAGCAAACGCCUGCUCUGGAGCCCGAGACACACACUUGCAGCCACUCCCUCUGACAGACAGGGCUCGAGUUCUGGCAGGAGCGGCUGCUCUGCCUAGGGUGACACCAGGCUUCGGCUCCGGGCAGAACUGAAAUGUGUGCCCUCUAAGGGAGGACAGAAGGGAAGGGGAGAGGGGGGGCAUGAGCCCAUUGGAAGGAGCUGGGUAGGGUUCAGCUGGAGGAAUCCCUGUGGCAUGGCUGCUGACAGCUUUGUGAUGUUAUACCCCUGAAGCGGGGACAGAAAGUAAAUCGGCCUUUCUGAAUGGUGGGGAGAGGCUGAGCAAGGAGAGGAAAGGCCGCCGCUGUCUUGGUUUGCAAUCCCUUUAUUCAAAGUGUAUGUCACUUGGAGGGCUGCAGUCCUACAAAGCCACCCACCCCCACGGGGUUUCACAGCUGUGUACGG